AUGCGAGAAAAGAUGCUGUUGAGAGUUAAUCUGGUCGCGGUUUUGCUGACCUUGAAUUGCGUCAGUCGCGCGAGUGAGCAUUCAAAAUCGACGCCAGAGAAAUGGCAGAAAGAAGAGAGAAUCGUCACUUCCAACGAGAAGAUCCUUAGACAUAUGAAUGAUAAUGUCAAUCCUAUUUCUUCAGUCAAUGGUCGCAACGCCAAAGAUAACAUAGCCAAGAUUCAUCGUUCAAUUGAUGAAGAUUUCUAUAAUGUACAUUCUAAGAUUGAAGUCGAGGAACGAGAUGAAGCACGGCGUAAGAAACGAAAGGUUGGUCGUACUAUGUUGGCGUUACUGAUGGCAUAUAAACUUAAAUUUGUCGCUCUGAUACCAACAAUACUUGGAGGUUUGAUUCUUCUCAAAGGAACGACGUUGCUUGCGGGAUUCUUCUUCGCCUUGUUUGCUGCCGUUCUCGGACUGAAGAUCCACUGA